UUUGUCGCGGGUGCAGAUGCAUACUACUGUCCAGGGGGCAAUCCUCCGAUGGGCCCCUCUGGAGCAAUCAAACGCCUAGGACGCUUCCCGCGAGGCACCAGAAGGCACUAAGAAGCAAUGGUCGUCUCAAGCUUCCUCCCUUGCCCCCUGCCCAUCGUGUUAAUCUCGCGUGGAAGCUGCAGCCACCCCCCAGUCCGUUGCUGCAACAGCCAGCCUUACCUCUACACCGCCUGCUUCGCCAAGCUCUCGUCCUCUGCGGCAUCCAAACAACCGCUCUGCUUUACCGGUUUUUGCCUUGUCCACGACUGGCUCGCACCUCUCUCUCACCACGCUGCUGUGACAGCUCAGCCUGCAAUACGAGCAUGUCCGGCCCACUACAUACGCUGGCAGACGUGCUGCUGGCCCUGGGGGGGUGGGGGAAAGGCGCUGACAGACUGGGCCGCAGUACAGAGGAUACAGAAGACGACGACGGGCGACGCAGAUGGGCGCAAACGAGCGUCAGCUGAUAGCAUCUUGGGGCGGCCGUUCCAGUCCAGGGUUGCUUAUUAUUGCUGGUGACGGUGAAGGGUGACGGCACGACACGGCAAUGCCAGAUAUGCGUACCAAGCCACGUCCUGCAACCCGGUUGGGCCCAGUCGCGACGU